AUGGACCAGCAACAGCCAGCCAUAAAGGCACACUUUGACAGCCCCGAAGUCAACAACCGUAACGCAUACCAUGAUGAGGAACUCUCACAGGACGAGGUCGCACGAAUGCGGAAGAUCUACCAUCGCCUCGAUCGCCGCAUCAUCCCACCCUUCUGGGUCCUUUACUUCCUGUGCUCGGCUGUCAGAUCAACCGUGGGCCUGGCACAAACCAUGAACACAUUCGAAGGCCACGACCUGUCGACUUACCUAAACAUCACAUCUCGUCAGGUCUCAACUGGCUUAGCCUUGUUCUAUGCUAGCUACGUCGUCCUGGAGAUACCGUCAAACCUGGCUAUGAGCAAGCUCUCUCCGUCCAUCUGGCUGGCUAGAAUCGUCAUCAGCGUGGGGAUCAUCGGCACUGCGAUGGUGGGCAUGAAAAGUGCCGCCAGCUUCUAUGUCCUGAGACUGUUGCUGGGUGCUGUGGAGGCAGGCAUGUGGCCGGGCAUGUCGCUCUUCCUCACAUUAUUUUACCCGCCACAGCGCAUGGCGAAACGGGUGGGCUACUAUUUCACCGCAUCGCAAGUCUCUGCUGCAGUGGUUGGCUUGGUCAGUGCCGGGUUCCAGAAGAUGGACGGCGAUGGUGGUCUCGUGGGCUUCCAGUGGAUGUUCCUCAUCUGGGGCCUCGUCACUCUUGUGAUUGGCUUUACCCUCAUUUGGUGGCUUCCAGACCGUCCACUACCACCAGGCGAAACUCGACACCGCAGCAAAUGGACUUCUUGGCUUCCCACAACAAAACCUGCUCUGACUGGAGAAGAUGCCACACUCCACUAUAAAGACCUCAGCCAAGCAUACCACAACUCAACCUGGACUUUGAAGGAUCUCUGGAAAGUCCUGCUAGACUGGCGACUAUGGCCGCUGAUCAUCAUGUAUUUCGGCGUAGUCGGUGUCGGCAACGGAGUGCAAAGCUAUGGCACGGUGAUUUUGAGCGCCAUCAACCCUUCGUUCAGCGGCGUGACGUUGAGCUUGCUGUAUGCACCGAUCUGGAUUUGCGAUCUCAUCGGCAUAUUGACGGUUACGCCGAUCAGUGACCACUUUCACAAGCAUAGAGCGCUCUUCUUCACGGUGCCUACUGCGCUGCAGAUAGUGGGUUUGCUUGUAGCGACCUACGCCGGUGACACCAUGUCUGCGCACUGGGGUCGAUAUGUUGGACUUCUCAUCGUUGGCUUUGGGCUGGGUCCGACGGUUCCUAUCACCAUGACCUGGACGGCCGAGAUCUUUCAGGCCCGACAUGGUGAGGUUGGUGUAGCAGCCGCUGCCGCUGCAGUGUCCGGUCUGGGCAAUUGCGGCAGCAUUCUGACAAAUUACGCCUUGUUCUCGGGCUGGCCAUCGGACGAGAACAGCAGCCCGGUGUUUCUGGGCUCCAACUGGGUUAUGAUCGGGAUUCUGAUUGUUAGUAUUCUUGCGAGCUGGGUGAUGACAUUUGCUUUGCGAUUCGCGAAGUCAAGGCAGUCUCUCUAG